AAAAAAAAAAAAGAAAUAUUUGAGUCAACAUCGAUUUUGGUGUUGUUGACUGAUUAAUAAAAUGAUUUUAAAACAUUUAUGUAUGUAUUAAAUCAAUAAGUGUAAAGAUUAAAUUUAAACAAAAAGACAUUAGAUACUAUUUGAAAUUUUUUAGACAAAAUACUACAAUUUGAUAACCUCUUUCUUUCGCAUAACUUAAUUUUUGAAACUUUCAGUGCCAAUAUGUACAAAAGUAUAUUUACUAGUUGGUUACCCUUAAGGUUAAUCAAAAGAGAAACUCCUCUACGAUCUAGUAAAUUAAAAAUUUCAUCCAUAAUUGAAAGACAAUUCAGAAGACCCCUAUCAUUGUCAAUAGUUUGUUGUAAGAAAAGGAAAAGUGCAGAAGAAAAGGAAUUAGAAAGUGGUGGUAUACGUCCAGCUCUCAGAUACUCUCCUAAAGCUAGUUCUGAUGUAGUUGGAAUAUGGCGUAACAUGACUGUGCAAGACAUAGCCAAUGUAGUUAAAAAAGAUAUAGAUCAUAUACUCAAAGCUCUAGAAUUUGCAGACAAGACUUCAGAUAUUAAUUAUAGUAAAAAUACUGUGAUACACAAUCCACAAAUCAUAAGAGAUGUUAUAAAAAUAUGUGGAUGCAGGUAUAAGUUAGUUGCAAACCCCGAAAAAGAGGUGGAAGAAGAACAGAACAAAGAUGCUAUCCCUGAGCCUCCAUCGCCUGCAGAAAUGCUGAAACCACGACCACCUGUGGUGUGUGUCAUGGGACAUGUGGAUCAUGGCAAAACUACACUGCUAGAUGCACUCAGAGAUACGUCUGUUGUAGAUCAAGAAUUUGGUGGUAUCACGCAACAUAUAGGAGCUUUUGAAGUGAAAUUGUCAUCUGGUGAUAAAGUAACAUUUCUUGAUACACCUGGACAUGCAGCCUUCACCUCAAUGCGUUCUCGUGGAGCACGAGCAACUGACGUUGUAGUGCUGGUGGUAGCUGCUGAUGACGGCGUUAUGGAGCAGACUGUCGAAUCAAUCCGUAUGGCUAGGGAAGCAAAUGUUCCAAUACUCGUGGCGAUCAACAAAAUCGACAAGCCAGGUGUAAACAUUGAAAAAACAAUGCACUCGCUAGCCCAACAUGGUAUUGUCUGUGAGGCAUUAGGAGGGGAUGUGCAAGCUAUACCAAUAUCUGCACUGAAAAAGAAAAAUUUAGAUACUCUUGUUGAGGCUCUGACAUUGCAAGCACAACUAAUGGAUUUAAAAGCAGACCCUGGAGGAUAUGUCGAGGGGGUUGUACUUGAAGCCCUAUUAGAUCCACGGACUGGUAAGCAAGCUACAGUAUUGGUACAGCGAGGGACACUGCGUCGCGGGUGCGUUAUUGUAGCCGGAAUGGGCUGGGCCAAGGUACGUGUGCUGACAAAUGCGGAAGGAAAGUCAGUUCAAGAAGCACCACCAUCAUCACCCGUGUCGGUGUUGGGAUGGCGCGAGCUGCCUUCAGCUGGUGAUCAGGUGCUGGAAGUAAGCUCCGAGAAAAGAGCAAAUGAAGUAAUGAAAUGGCGGCACAACCAACGAAUGAAGGAAAGGCAAGUAGCGGACCUUCAAGUUAUAGAGGCGAAGGAAGCAGCACAUAGAGCAGAGUAUCACGCUGCACUAGCUAAGAAAAGGGCCAUGGGCCGAUACAAAAUGAAGCGUGAAGGGCCAAGGGAAAAAAUGCUGCAAGAAGACACUCAUCCCGAACUCAGCGUGAUCGUGAAGGGUGAUGUGGACGGUUCUGUGGAGGCGAUCUUAGACAUAUUAGAAACUUAUGACGAGCACGAGCGCGUGCGUCUCGAUCUUGUACAUUACGGCGUUGGUCCAGUCACUCCUGGCGACAUAGAGAUUGCAGAAGCAUUCAAAGCUGUGAUAUACGCGUUCAAUGUAGACUGUCCACCGACCGUCGUUGUGGAGGCGAAGAAUAAAAACAUAACCGUUAAGAAGCACAACAUUAUUUAUAAAUUAGUCGAUGAUAUAAAAGAGGAGAUCAGUCUUAAGAUACCAAGGAGACAAGAGGAGGAGCUUAUAGGUGAAGCAAACGUGUUGCAACAAUUCAUGGUGUCCGAAGGCAAGCGCAAGGUACCUGUUGCAGGUUGCCGUUGUAUCAAAGGUUCGCUAGCACGCAACGCCAUCUAUAGGAUUAUACGCAAACAAGAAGUCAUCUACGAAGGUAAACUAGCAUCCAUGAAGCAUCUCAAAGAGGAAGUGACUACUAUCAAACGAGACAUGGAAUGCGGAUUGCGAUUUGAUGAUCCGAAACUAGAAGUAAAACCUGGUGAUACGAUAAUUUGCUAUAAAAUGGUAGACGCUUCAGACCGAACUAACUGGGACCCGGGAUUUUAAAUGUUUUUUAAUGUAAAUCAGUAAAUUAUUAAUUAGU